AUGUCUUGGUUCACAGCCGCGUUCACCCAGGUCAAGGUCGCCUUCAAGGCAGGAUGGACGCGCCUUGUCCAAAGCGUGGCGGCGAUUGCUCGUCCUCAGAAGCCCUGCACCGCGCCUGUCCUUGUGCCUGUGCCCGCCACAUUGAACAAGGAUGAUGCAGGCAACGCCUUUGCCAAAAUCUCCCCUCCAAUCCCGUUUGACGACCUCGCCCUUUCUCGAUGUCCGCGGGCGGGUACGCCCCCCUUGCAGCAGCCCUGUCGAACUGCAGAUGUCAAAAGGGGAUCUCAUGCGGCCAGAGCGUUGUUCCACGAUCCGUUCAAAGCACCCUCUCGCGUAGGCAGCUUUGACGUCACCUCGCUCGCAACCCCAACGUCAGGUGGGAUCAAUAGUUCAUCUGGCGCUCUGGCCACUAACCUUGCCUCAAUGUCAGAUGUGACAAUUUCGUUCGCGGAUGAUUAUCUUCAGUCCCCCACCGAUACCAGUCGAAGCGAUUCGCAAUUCACGCCCAUCCUCGACAGUGACACGUCGCAAUCGCCCUCAAUCUCGACUGCACCGACCACGCCUACGUCAAUUCUGUCACCCACAAUAGUCAAAGGCGAGUUUCGAAAGAAUGUCUGGGAAAGCGAACCUGAUGAAGAGGAUAAUGUGCCGUUGUCCGCACUCAUGAUUCGCGGAGUACGCGACGCGACGAAACGACACGCCUUGUCUGGGCCCAUCCUUGCAGGGAGCAAGUGCGACAGGCCAUCGUGGCUCUCCGGACUUCGACCGUCGCGGUCAUGCGACGAAACCUCCUCCGUAGUUCUCGAAGUCAUCAUCCACACUCCUCCUGACAGUCCAGACAGCUCGAACACCAGCAGUCCAUCCGUGAGCGGGGAUCCAAGCGAUGAUUCCACGAGCAAAGCGACCGGGCGCGAGACUAAAGGGCGGUCAAACACCCCGCUCGGUUGGUGGCAUGCAGCCAAGCGCAACCUGAACUUGGAGGUGGAUGAAGUUUCGGUUUACAGCCUGGAAUCGUACUCGCCAAGCAAGACCAACUCUCCUGCUAUUACUGAGCCACUCGACCCUCGACAGGCAUCUGUGGUUCCUGAAAUCACCUUGACUCCUCCAAGCCAGCCCACCACUCCGGAAAUGGCGUCGAACGCGGCGCACGAGGACGCUGUAUCAGCUUUCCACGGCUGCGAGACCUCUGACUUGGAUGUUGGAGUAUCCGAAGACCGUCCCACAGCUGCAUUGGACAACGCCCUCAAUCCAAGCCUCCUCUUGGUACCGCCAAACGCCGAACUCUCUGAAUGCGAUAGGUCCGAGAGCCUGGAAUCCACUGAUAGCGCCACUUUGAAGCGAAGGAGGAGGAACGCUUGUCGAGUCGACACGUCGUCCAUCGACCUCAUAAUGGCGGGCCUCGACCAAGUGUUUCCUGAAUCGCGCUGUCCUUCUCCGACGAUGAGUCUCGAAGACCCUAAAGGGAUGUCAACGGGCUCCUCGUUCCCUUCCGCAGACUGGGAAAGCGUUGGCGAGGUCGCUUCUGAACAGGAUACAAGCAGCAACGACGGAGACCGGGAUCAAUGGGAAUCCAGGUUCUCUGAUUCUUCUGAUGAUGAAGACGGCUUUUACGGACCAACGCCUUUGAGCAACCUCGAUGCCCGUCGCUCUGGGGUAUCCUUCCCAGACCCCAGCUCGGUCCUUUCUACUAUUGCUGAAGAGGAAGAACGCGACAGUGGUUCUCACCCUCUCCUUAGCGAAUCACCACGCAGCUGUCUCGAACCUUCGGCCAUCAUCGAUAACCUGGACAUGACUGCGCCAACUAUCACUAAGCGGCGAUGGUUUUCGAUGAUCGACACCGACGUCGUCCGCAAUGGUGGUAAUCGGACUACGAAAACGAGGCAUCUUUCAGCGCCUUUGCUCAACCCAGCCCCUCCUCGCGGCAUCAUUGUCUCUGCAAGUGGACUUCACUGGACCUUCGUGGACGAAACCGAGGCAGGGUCGCUCACGUCCAUUGUCGACAAGGCCAGACGUCAAUCUGCUGUUCGACCUCUGGUAUUGCCUGCAAGAUCAGCCUCUCGACCAUCUGUUACUGACCUUGCUCGUCCUGGCGUCACUGGCUCUUGCGCCCUCACCCCACCACCCGAAAGGUUCCCCUGCACAGACACGUUCGAAAAUGUACCCAUUUUGGAAGGCUUGCUGCCUUGGGCUCUCUAUACCCAAUCAUCAUCGACCUCCAGCCACUCCUCGCCGGUUCACUCCAAGCGAUCGUCCGUUUCUUCCGUGUACUCUAACCUGUCCGUCUCGGGCGAUUCCCCUAUCAUUCCCGACUCGAUCGUACGGGAAUUCAGUGUGGAUAGCGAUUCCAAAGCAGACGCAUCGAUUGGUCUAUCCAGUAGCACCGAUGAUGCAGAUGCUCUGGAAUGUGAAUUCAUUUUGAACACGGCUGCGUCGCACCCACAAGGAGUAAACGGGAUUUUGGCGAUCUUGGAUGCGCUCGAGAACUCGCGCUCGUCGUUAGCUUAUAUGAGGCCAACGAGUUACCUGUCGGAAACCUCAACUCGGUGGUCAGAUGCUAGGUGGAGUGGAGUUGACUUCGGGGAAAUGGAUGCCGAAGGGAGGUUUGCUGGUGGAUAUGCUCUGUGA